GUUGGAUACCAAAAGCAACGAAAGUUUGUAGAACAGCGGCUUUGACGACGUCAAAUUUCAACUGGAAAAUUUUUUCUCAAGUUGAGAUCAACUGUCUUAUCUACGUGAAUUGUGACUUUAACCCGAAGCAAUACUGCCCGUCUGGAAGAUGUCCAAUAUAUCAUAUGUAUAUCGUUCAUGAUUGUUCUUUUUAUUAUUAUUUUGAGUAUUUACUAAAUUUUUUUUCAUUGAAAAUGAUCAAAGUCCAGGAUUUUUCAUGAAAAAAUUGUUCUAAUGAUUUAUUCAAGUAAUGUUUAUAUUGUCGACUUUGAAGUAAUCAAUAUAAUUUUAAAACUAAUUCCAAUUAGAGUGUCAAAUAGUUAUUAAAAGAAAUCAAUAUCAUUCAUAACAAAAAAUGAUAUUAAUUUUUAAAUUGCAUUUUUUAAUUUCAUUGACUAAAUUAGCCGUUUGAAAUAAAAAUCUUAAACAAGUUUUAAAGAACUAGUUAUAUGUAAUUCAUUGAAGUUAUAGUUAUGUUACUUAUAUAAUAUGGCGUCUUCCGAUAUAUCUGAUGAUAAAUUCGAAUGUAAAACUUUGGAGUACAGAGUUUCUAGAAGUUCUAGUUAUUCACCCACAUAUUUACCUGAAAAUAUUUUAGUGGAUAAGCCUCAAGAUCAAUCUUCUCGGUGGUCGUCCGAUCAUGACCACUAUCCACAGUAUUUAGUUCUUAAAUUAUCUCGACCGGCGAUUGUUAAAUUCCUCACAUUCGGAAAAUUUGAAAAAGCUCUAGUAUGCAACAUAAAGAAGUUUAUAAUUUAUGGUGGUAUGGAGCAUGAAAAUAUGACUGAACUUUUAAAAGGAAGCUUGAAGAAUGAUUCAGUAGCAGAAACAUUAGAAAUUAAACAUAAAAUUGGUUUGGAUGAAAUAUACUAUCCAAUAAAAUACAUCAAAAUAAUGCCUAUUCAAUCAUGGGGGCCGAGCUUUAAUUUUAGCAUUUGGUAUGUACGCCUAACUGGUAUUGAUGAUCCGAAAAUUGUUGACCCUUGCAUCAAGUCGGUUAACCAGUAUUUUGAAAGUGAAAUUCUGAGACUUUGUAUGAAAUAUUUUCGCUGUAUAAAACAGACAGAAAUAGUUGAAACCCUGGGUAAAGUAUCUAAUGUUCAAUUAGAAGAUCACCGAUUAUCAGCUUUAUACGAUAUUUUAGUAAAUAAGGGAGAUUAUCUUGAAGCUGAGCGAUUUAUUACCGAUGCUGUUUCCAGUGGAUUAAUUGACGAAUAUACUAAAAAUCAACCCUACUGUGCGACUUGGACAAAAGUUACAUGCGACGAUCCAAGACCAGGUAUGAGAGGUGGUCAUCAAAUGGUGUUUGAUUCCGUAUCAGAAAUUAUAUAUUUGUUCGGUGGAUGGAAUGGGCAUAAGGAUUUAUCUGAUUUAUGGUCUUAUGAUAUAAGAGAAAAAAAAUGGACUCUUAUUUGCCAAGAUACGGAAAGUGUAGGCGGACCAGGAGCUCGGUCCUGUCAUAAAAUGUGCCUUGAUCCUGACAAAAAACAAUUAUUCACAUUAGGAAAGUAUUUAGAUACGCAAUAUCGGUGUGCUGAAAAUUUGAAAAGUGAUUUUUACGUUUAUGAUAUACAAUCUAAUAAAUGGACUAAAAUAUCUGACGAUACAAGUGUUAACGGAGGCCCAAAACUUAUAUUUGAUCAUCAGAUAUGUAUGGAUGUUGAAAAUAGAGUAAUUUAUGUCUUUGGUGGUCGAAUUCUCGUAACUUCAGUGGGUAUUGAUGAUCAUGCAGUUGGAAUAUCAUUAAGUUCAGUCGAACCUAUUUUCUCGGAUCUUUAUUCAUAUGAUGUGUCAACUAAUACUUGGAAACUUUUAGCCUGUGAUAUUGCUCGAUCAAGUAUUCCAAUAAAUGUACCUACAAUAAAGUCUAGAGUUGGUCAUUCAAUGCUUUUUCACCCAAGUGAUCGGAAAUUGUAUAUUUUUUCUGGUCAAAGAAGUAAGGAGUAUCUAAAUGAUUUCCUUACGUUUGAUGUGGAUACAAGUAUAGUAGAACACAUUAGUUUAUCAGAUUUUGAAAGUGAAGAGUUGAAUCAUAUACCAGCAGCAGGAUAUACGCAAAGAGCAACAAUUGAUUCCGAGUCAGGUGAAAUUUAUGUCCUAUCGGGAUUUAGUAAAAAUAAAGAAAAACGGGACGAAAAUGUACAUAAUUCAUUUUGGGUGUAUAAAAUAAAAAGUAAUACUUGGUCUUGUGUUUAUCGAAAUGAAAAUGUUGGUGAAAAAUAUUGGAAUAAAAUGCAAGAUUUUGAGCCAUGUCCUCGUUUCGCCCAUCAAUUGGUUUAUGACAACGUUAGAAAAAUUCACUAUUUAUUUGGUGGUAAUCCUGGGCGUACUUAUUUACCAAAAUUAAGACUUGAUGAUUUUUGGGAACUAAAACUUAGUAAGCCACAACAAGAUCAAAUUCUUACAAGAUGUAAACUUAUAAUUAGGAAACAUAAAUUUAAAGAACUUUCUUUUUGCAAUAGUAUGAAAGCACUUGAGUACUUACAAAAAGAUAUUUCUGAAAUUAUUGACCAUAAUGAUGUUGAACAAACUAAGGACUUUCAACUAUUGACUUCUGUGCUCUUCUACGAACAGAAUUUAGGGAGACAUUUGACAAAAGUUACUGACAUUUCAUCAAAUACGAGUAGUUCGGAUACAUUAGCGAAAGAAUUCCAUCAGCGUCGUACGAAAUUAUUUGAUCAGCUCAUGAAAUUUUUCCCCGAAAAACUCACUCAACCGCGCACUAAUUUAGUUGAUCUUUUACUUUUGUGAUAUAGUUAUUGUUGAAUUCGUUGCUUACUUUAAUGAACAAUAUAUUGUUAAAUAUUCAAAUCAUACAAUCUUAUACGAAAUUUUCAUGUUAGUAAAUAAAAAAGAUAUAAUUUUUUUUUACUGUUUUUAUCAAAGAUUUUAAAAUAAUAAGUUUUAUGCAAUGUGAUAGAUAAAAAUCGGUAAAAUUUAAUGUACAUCGCGUUGUAACCAUUUAUUGUGAAUUAAUAAAAAUUUAUUGUUAUGAUUUCAUCAAUUUCUAAAGAAUUACGAUAUUUUUAUAGGCUAAAUUUAAAAAUCGUUAAAGUGGUGCAUAUUUGGUGAGGAAUUUUUUGAUAAAAAAAAAUAAAAUAAUUAUCUUUUGAAUAAUUGUGCCAAAGACAUAUUUUCUAUUGUUCAACUUAAUUGAAAUUUUGAACUGAGUUUGAAAUAACUUAAAAAUAACAUAUUAAACAGUAAAAGAAGAAAGUAGGACAUUCCAAAUCACGUCCUAGAUUCACUCUAUCUACCAAUAAAAUUACACUAGCAUUGAAUCUAUAGAGUGCUUUGCUACUUUAAAUUUUUACCAUUGGGUGCGGAAAAUUGUGAAGUCAUGUCAAUGAAUUUCUUUUGAGUGACAAGUGCUACAUCCUUUCUUUAAAUCAAGGCUGGAGUUUCAACUUUCAGUACAAAUAUAUUGUAAAAAUUUGAAUGUAGUUACCAAUAAUGAACAUACAUGAAUUUUUAUUUCCAGCUUUAUUCAACGUUAGAUUUUUUUAAUUUUAACAAGCAAAUAUUUCGUUAAAAAUAUUAAAAAUUUUUUUUUAUCAAUUUGUUAUUUAAGAAAGUAUUUAUUAGUCUUCAGGUAUUUUUAUUUUUAUAUUUUCUUUAAUAGAUUUUUACAUCAUUUACUUUAUUGUAAUCAAAAAAUUACUUAUGUUAACAAAUCGAUUUUUAUUUGCAUAUAAAAAACUUAAUACUCAUAAUUAAAAAAUUGCAAUGGCAACUGACAAUAUUAAAACAU